AUGGCUCAGCUUUGCCUGUGUGUCUGUAUAUGCACGAGUGUAUGGCUCCACACUUCCCUCGGGUUGCCACCCCAGCACCGUGGGUGGCUGCGGCUGUGGGAGGAGGGCGAGGGCUGCAGGGAGUGCAACCACCGCCUCUGCCCCACGGUCCCCGACAACUGUCUUGCAGGUCGGGUGCAGGACGACUGUGGAUGCUGUGAACGGUGUGCUAACGUGGAGGGGCAGAAGUGUGACCCGGAUGGGGCUCAGAAGUUCUACGGCCGCUGCGGAGAGGGCCUGGUCUGCCAGAGGAAAAUGCCAAAGAGGGGACACAGGGCUGAUCCAGAACCUACAUGUGUGUGUUAGGAAAAGAGCCCUGUAUGCGGCUCAGAUGGGUGGACCUACCCAAAUGUUUGCCAGAUGACGGCCAACAGCCACCGUAACACAACCCUCAAGCUCACAGGAAGAGGACCCUGCCACUCUGCGCCCCGUAUUCUUCGAAGACCCAGAAACCUUUUCAACUACACCGGGAACGACAUUGUGUUCGGGUGCGAGGUCUCAGCCUACCCUCUUCCAUAUCUGAGCUGGAGGAAGAAAGGGAGUGACAACUUCCUGCCAGGAGAUGAUCCUCACAUCUCUGUCCAGACUCGAGGCGGUCCCCAGCGCUACACUGUCUCCACCUGGCUUCAGAUACAGGACCUCCACGUCUCUGAUGCAGGGGUCUACUCUUGCAUCUCCCACAAUGCCUUGGGAGAAACGUCUGCAUCAGCACAGCUCACAGUGUUGAGACAGGUGGUGAUGGAGAUGAAAGGCCAUGCCAAGGAGGAACAGGAGCACUUUGAUCAUCUGGAGGAAGGCAGUGGGGAUGGACAGCUGGCAUUUUGAGAUUACCUGGGAUUAAUUUAA